AUGAGGCAAUUGCCUCUAUGUGCCACUCAAAUAUUAUAUAUUACACGCUCUGCUUCGUCGAGCUGUAACGAUGACAAGCUUUUGAAUGCUUUUCGCACCUGCUUGUUCAAACGCUUGAAACAGCAGGAGGUACAGCCUGGAAACAAGGUCUCUAUUAUCGGUUCUGGUGCCGUGGGCAUGGCGUGUGCAGUAGCUCUGCUUUCGAAGGGGAUUACGAACGACAUAGCUCUAUACGAUAUCAAUAAGGAUUUGUGUACUGCCGAGAGCGCGGACUUGGUACACGGCUCAUUAUUUCUAAAUAACUGUAAUGUUGCGAAGUGCUGCGAUAUUGGAUCGACACGGGACUCKAGAGUAGUUGUAGUGACGAGUGGAGUACGCCCGAAAGCCAAYGAGAAGCCUUCAGAGGUKGCCCAAAAAACGGCGGAUAUUAUCAAGUGUGUAAUGCCCAGCCUGGUUAAAGAAAGCCCCAAGGCUGUAUUUAUUAUUGUUUCAAAUCCAUCCGAUGUCAUGGCCUGGGUGGCCCAUAAAAUAUCCAAGUUACCCUACGAGCGAUGCAUUAGCACCGGCUGUCAUUUAGACACUGCACGCUUUCGACUGUUUAUUGCGCAGCUUUUGGGCGUGGCAACUAGUUCGGUGAAUGCAUUUGUCCUCGGGGAGAAUGGGGAACGUUCGGUGCCAAUGUGGUCCUCGGUUACGGUGGGGGGUGUGCGGCUAGAGCAACUGGUGCCAAAGAUUGGCACAAGCGAAGAUCCGAUGCAGUGGUGCAAAGUACAUAARGAYGUUGUCGAGGCGGCGGCCAAGGUGAUUGCCCUAAAGGGCUACACGAACUGGGCCAUUGGACAUGCUGUUGCCGAUGUUGUAUCUGCMAUAUUCGAGAACAGCAACCGGAUCUUGUCGUUGUCAACAAAUGCCAAGGGAAUGUGUGGAAUCAAAGACGAUAUAUUCUUAUCGCUACCGUGCAUUGUUAACAAAUGGGGCCUCUUUGGGAUUAUUCGUCCACAUCUAUCGAAAUGGGAGUCAAAUGCGAUGAAGAAAUCGGCCGAGCAGGUAUUGAAGGCUCAAUGUGACAUUAAACUUUAG